GCUGGCUAUUCGCGAAGACUAGGCUGUUUGUUGUUUUGCCGAGGAGUUCGUAACCGUUGCGCCAUUUAUCCAUUUAUUCAAGGGUUAACGUAUAAAGGACACAGAAAGAAAGUAAUAUCAACCUGAAUUAACCUGAACUCGUGUUUAUAAUCUGUUACAUCGAGCUAAAAGAGCCCGGAAACGGCAAACAUGAAAUGGAUGUUCAAAGAGGAUCACUCCUUGGAACAUCGAUGCAUAGAGUCAGCCAAAAUCCGCAACAAGUACCCUGACAGGGUCCCGGUGAUUGUGGAGAAAGUGUCUGGAUCACAGAUAGUGGACAUCGACAAGAGGAAGUACCUGGUCCCCUCUGACAUCACAGUGGCUCAGUUUAUGUGGAUCAUCAGGAAACGCAUCCAGCUGCCAUCAGAGAAAGCCAUCUUCCUGUUUGUGGACAAGACGGUGCCUCAGUCCAGCAUCACGAUGGGGCAGCUGUAUGAGAAGGAGAAGGACGAGGACGGCUUUUUAUAUGUGGCUUACAGCGGGGAGAACACCUUUGGUUUUUAAAUCAAGAAGCCAUGAUCGUUACUGGCCUUUACCGCGGCGCCGCGCGGCCACACCGACACCCACCCACAUCUAAUCACAGCCCCGACUCGGCCCCUGG